AUGCACAACACAGCUGCAGCAGCCCAAACUCCAGCCACGGCUACCGCUACGCUAGACCUGGUCGGAGUGCUCGUCGUCCUCUUGAGACCCAGCACGCCUGCAGAUCGACGACGGUUUGAAGACCUGCAAACGCUACGUCGUAAACACGAUCAGGCUUUCGAGCGCUGGCUACCGCAUAUCACCCUCGUACCUCCGUUCACCUUAUCGAGUAGCAGCUUGGAGGCAUCAUCCGCUCUUGCGUCUGGGACCGGCCUUGAGCAGCUGGUGCAGUUGCACACGGAGAAGCUGUCGCAAAUCGCAAAAGCAGCAGCAGAGGUCUGCCACACACACGCGAGCCAUCGUCUACUGUUGGACCAAGUUUCGACCUUUCCACUGCGCAACUACACCAACGUGCACCUUCGACCCGCGCCGCCCACCAACUCCCACGACAAACGCAAAACCUCGUCCUUCUCCUCUGCGACUAGCGACGACCAGGACCAUUCGUCGCACCGCAUCGUCAAGCUCCAAUCCGAUCUAAGCCAAGCCCUCACCCCGGUGCUGCACCCAAACAAGGCUUCGAGUGCUCGACGACGUGAGACCUUCAGACCGCACGUGAGCGUCGGCCAGUCGACCUCGGGCAAAGCAACCUGGCAGCUGUGUAGGAGCGCCGAGAGAGUCCUUGGCUACGAAGGCAGUCCGGGGUUGCUGUGCGACGUGGAUCGCGUGCAACUCAUGAUCAAGCCCAAAGGGUCUGCGGGUGCAUACCACGUUCACCAGGAGCUGCCUCUUUCUCGCUCAUCGAGUCCUUGA